AUGACCACAGCAGCUCCAGCUCUAACUACUGCUGCUCCUGCUAAAUCAACUCUUGCCCCUGGAAUAACAACAACUUCUCCAGGUCUUACUACUCCAGCUUCUGCUGCAACAACACUUGCUCCGGGCAUGACCACUGCAGCUCCAGCUCUAACUACUGCUGCUCCUGCUAAAUCAACUCUUGCCCCUGGAAUAACAACAACUGCCCCAGCUCUUGCUAAAUCAACUCUUGCCCCUGGAAUAACAACAACUGCCCCAGGUCUUACCACUCCAGCUUCUGCUGCAACAACACUUGCUCCAGGCAUGACCACUGCAGCUCCAGCUCUAACUACUGCUGCUCCUGCUAAAAUCAACUCUUGCCCUGGAAUAACUACACCUGCUCCAGGUCUUACCACUCCAGCUUCUGCUGCAACAACACUUGCUCCGGGCAUGACCACAGCAGCUCCAGCUCUAACUACUGCUGCUCCUGCUAAAUCAACUCUUGCCCCUGGAAUAACAACAACUUCUCCAGGUCUUACUACUCCAGCUUCUGCUGCAACAACACUUGCUCCGGGCAUGACCACAGCCGCACUAGUUGUAACUACUGCUGCUCCUGCUAAAUCAACAUUUGCCCCUGGAUUAACAACACCUGCUGCAGGUAUUAUUACUCCAGCUCCUGCUGUAACAACACUUGCACCGGGCAUGACCACAGCACCUCCAGUUGUGACUACUGCCGCUCCUGCUAAAUCAACAAUUGCCCCAGGAUUAACAUCACUUGCUCCUGUGUUAACUACUGUUGCUCCUGUAAAAUCCACAUUUGUUCCUGUCCGAGCUCUAACAACUAUUUCACCGAGAUUGUCUACACUUGCUCCAGCUAUCCUGUCAACAGCAACUGCAGUAACAACACUUGUUCCACUGACAACGGCAGCAGUAACAAAACCUGUUCCAGUGACAACAGCAGCAGUCACAACACCCAUUCCAGUGACAACAGCAGCAGUAACAACACCUGUUCCACUGACAAAAGCACCAGUAACAACACCUGUCUCUGUCACAUUGACAUCUCUCCCUGUUACUACACCAGCUGUAGUCUCAACAGCAGCAGUAACAACACCUGUUCCUGUAACAAAAGCCGCAGUAACAACACCUGUUGCAGUGACAACAGCAGCAGUAACAACACCUGUCUCUGUGACAUUGACAUCUCUCCCUGUUACUACACCAGCUGUAGUCUCAACAGCAGCAGUAACAACACCUGUUCCUGUAACAAAAGCCGCAGUAACAACACCUGUUGCAGUGACAACAGCAGCAGUAACAACACCUGUCUCUGUGACAUUGACAUCUCUCCCUGUUACUACACCAGCUGUAGUCUCAACAGCAGCAGUAACAACACCUGUUCCUGUAACAAAAGCCGCAGUAACAACACCUGUUGCAGUGACAACAGCAGCAGUAACAACACCUGUCUCUGUGACAUUGACAUCUCUCCCUGUUACUACACCAGCUGUAGUCUCAACAGCAGCAGUAACAACACCUGUUCCUGUAACAAAAGCCGCAGUAACAACACCUGUUGCAGUGACAACAGCAGCAGUAACAACACCUGUCUCUGUGACAUUGACAUCUCUCCCUGUUACUACACCAGCUAUUCCUCCUACAACAGCUGUAGUCUCAACAGCAGCAGUAACAACACCUGUUCCUGUAACAAAAGCCGCAGUAACAACACCUGUUGCAGUGACAACAGCAGCAGUAAAAACACCUGUUCCAGUGACAACAGCAGCAGUAACAACACCUGUCUCUGUCACAUUGACAUCUCUCCCUGUUACUACACCAGCUAUUCCUCCUACAACAGCUGUAGUCUCAACAGCAGCAGUAACAACACCUGUUCCUGUAACAAAAGCCGCAGUAACAACACCUGUUGCAGUGACAACAGCAGCAGUAACAACACCUGUUCCAGUGACAACAGCAGCAGUAACAACACCUGUCUCUGUCACAUUGACAUCUCUCCCUGUUACUACACCAGUGACGUGUCUCUAUGUCAACGGAAUGGAUGAUGAAACAAUCAUUCCUGAUAAAGCCAUUCAGUUGUAUCCAUGCGGAAUUCCCAGUGACAUUCGACCUGCUAUUCCUCCUACAACAGCUGUAGUCUCAACAGCAGCAGUAACAACACCUGUUCCUGUAACAAAAGCCGCAGUAACAACACCUGUUGCAGUGACAACAGCAGCAGUAACAACACCUGUUCCAGUGACAACAGCAGCAGUAACAACACCUGUCUCUGUCACAUUGACAUCUCUCCCUGUUACUACACCAGCUAUUCCUCCUACAACAGCUGUAGUCUCAACAGCAGCAGUAACAACACCUGUUCCUGUAACAAAAGCCGCAGUAACAACACCUGUUGCAGUGACAACAGCAGCAGUAACAACACCUGUUCCAGUGACAACAGCAGCAGUAACAACACCUGUUCCAAUGACAACAGCAGCAGUAACAACACCUGUUCCAGUGACAACAGCAGCAGUAACAACACCUGUUCCAGUGACAACAGCAGCAGUAACAACACGUGUUCCACUGACAAAAGCAGCUGUAACAACACCUGUUCCAAUGACAACAGCAGCAGUAACAACACCUGUUCCAGUGACAACAGCAGCAGUAACAACACCUAUUCCAGUGACAACAGCAGCAGUAACAACACCUGUUCCAGUGACAACAGCGGCAGUAACAACACCUGUUCCAGUGACAACAGCAGCAGUAACAACAACUGUUCCACUGACAACAGCAGCAGUAACAACACCUGUUCCAGUGACAACAGCGGCAGUAACAACACCUGCUCCUGUGACGAAAGCCACAAUAACAACAACUCUUGCAGUGACAAAAGCAGCAGUAACAACACCUGUGCCACUGACAAAAGCAGCAGUAACAACACCUGUGCCACUAACAAAAGCAGCAGUAACAACACCUGUGCCACUGACAAAAGCAGCAGUAACAACACCUGUUCCAGUGACAACAGCAGCAGUAACAACACCUGUCUCUGUCACAUUGACAUCUCUCCCUGUUACUACACCAGGUAUACCAUUAAUAUCUGUCUAUUAA